AUGGACGGUAGACAAACCGAGACUGUGAGAAGCUCCGUUGUCGAGGAGCAGCAGCACCAGCACCAGCAGCACCAGCAGCAACAGCAGCAGCAGCAGCGCCCCAUUGUCCACGAUCGGGCCACCUUCGCGGAGGUAGCGGAGAGACUGAGGGGCCACAUCCGCGUGGUCCACCAAGAGGCCGACCUGAUCGAGUCCACCGUCGACGACGUCCUGCGGGACCCCAACCUCGAGGAGCUCCGCGAGGCCGCCAAGCGCGUCCGCCUCACCGCGCGUUUCAUGGGCUUCGAGCUGGACCGCCUGAUGGCCAUCCACGGCCGUCUCGAGCGGUCCCAGACCGUUGUGCCCAGCAGGACCGUCGAAACCACCGCCGCUGUCGCCCUCGCGGCCGCCGCCACCCCUGCUGACGAUGCUGCGGCUGCCGCGUCCGGGUCUUCUGGCUCUGCUGGCUCUACUGGUUCUGAUGACGAUCCCGCCGACGCCGGUGACUCCAGCUCCGGUUCUGCAUCGGCUUAA